AUGAGUGAAACAAAACAGUCAACUUUGGAGGAAAAUGGAGAAGAAUUGCAAGAUCGGCAAUGCCCCAGAAAUGGGCACUUGGGUAAAGUCUAUGAGCAGAUCUUGGAAGACAGUGAAAAAAUCGCCUCCUGUCUCAGUCGGCUCGUAAUUUCGUAUAAAAGGCAUGUAACACAAGCAGCUAAAUGUGACCACGAUGCCCAGUUGAAAGACCAACUGCGUGAUAGACCCAUUUCUGAUAUUCGAUCGUCCGAUCUACAACAGGAACUGCUGCUCUACCCAAAUCAAAAAUCUCAAACUAUUCGGAAAAUAUGUGAGCAGUAUGAAGAUGUGAGGCAUGUAUCGAAGACUGAUGAAUCAGUGUUGUUGAGUUAUUCUAAAAGAGAGAAAUGCGACAACUUCAUAAACGCCAAACAUGAGAACCCGAACGAGCUAAACCAUAGACAACGUGACGAAGCUACACAAGGUAUUCAACCAGCACAACCGGAUAAGACAGAGACUCCCAAACAGCACAAGUGCGGUACUUGUGGUAAAUCGUUCAAGGUGCCAAGCUUACUUCUACGUCACGCAAUCAUGCACACCACUUCAAAGAACUAUGAGUGCGAGUUUUGUAGAAAGACUUUUAAAUAUGUCCAUAAUUUAAGGAAUCACAGAUUGUUAGUCCAUGCAAGCGAUGAAUCAAACGGAAGACUGCGAAUAUACACAUGUGAAGUUUGUGGGAAACGAGCCGCAUCCCAGAAGGAUUUAAAAUCUCACAUGCGUGUGCAUUCGAGACAAAGACCAUUUGCGUGUGAUCUAUGUGACUGGUCCUUUGCCACAUCAAGUAAUCUUUACCGUCAUCGUCGUGCUUUACACCCUCAGACCACUCAAGACGCUUAA